GAAAUUUCAAUCAACAAAAGUUCAGUUAUAAGCCAUGAUCUUUUGGCCAAAGCAGGUAAACAAAAAUAAUACAUUAGCUUAUCUUUAUUUUUAAAAUGUAAUGAGAUACAUUAUAAAAAAAAAAAAAUGAAAAGAUGGGUAAGGCAAAAUGAAUGGUUUUGAGUGGUGCAUUUUUAUACUUUAAUUCAAACGUUUUUUUUUUCAUAUUAACACAUACAAGGACAAUCUAAACAACAUAGAAGGCCUUGGGCAAAGCAAUACACUUGGUCCCUCUAAUAAACAAACUCCCCAAGGUCUUGCGAAGGGUUCAGUCACCAUAGGUGCAAACAAUGUCAGGGUGCAGGGGGUUUCUUAAGCUAAUCGGGUUCCCCAUCAAAUCACAACAGGAAUCAACAAGUAAAAUAAAAAGAUCAACUAAGUUAAACAUAGCUUAAUUAAAUUUAUUAAGGAAAAAAAAAAUCUUUCAUCAACAAUAAUAGUUGUAUUUUUUUAUUUUAAGAAAUAAGUAUAUUUUAAUCACAUACGAUAUUAGACUAUUAUUAUUGACAUAUUCAUAUAAAAUAAUUUAAAUAUAAUCCAAAUAAUCUUUUGCGUUUAUUUUUUGUGUGCAGACUAUUGUUUUAUAAAUGGUUCAAAGUCAUUUGUCAUAAGCGGAGGUCACCAAACAUUUUUUUCACUCCUGGCCGAAUAGCGGGAAAUAAUUACGUGCGUGGGCCGGAUUAUCAUUCUGUACAAUACUAGUAAGCCAGAAUGAAAGAAAGCUCUGGGAGAAAAUACUGAAAUUGAGCUCUCAAGAUAUCAUCAAUGUAGAGACCGACCGAAAGUUAUUUUCUGAUUUCGGCCGAAGCCGAAAAUAAAGACUUUCGGCCGAAACCGAAAAAUACCGGAAGUUAAAGAUGACUUUCGGCCGAAGCCGAAACCGAAGCCGAAACCGAAAAUGAAAUAUUUAUAUAUUUGGAAAUUCGUUUCCGCAUACCUUCUGCAUUUAUCGAAAAUGAUGGGAGAAAGUAUAAACAUUUACAUUCUUUUUAUAAAAAGUGAGAUAAUCGUGAAUAUUAAUAAGUAAGCAUCUAAUAUAACAUCUUGUUAAAGAUCGUUUAGUUUGUUCUUAAAGAUCGCUUAAAUUCUUGUUAAAGAUCAUUCAGUUUUUUGUUAAUGAUCACUUUAUUUGUUCUUAAAGAUUGGUUAGUUGGUUCAUAAAUAUCGCUUAUUUUGUUGUUAGAAAUCGUUUAUUUUGUUUUUUUAAGAUCGCUUAAUUUGUUCUUAAAGAUCGCUUAGGUUUUGUUUAAAGAUCUUUUAGUUUUUUUAUUAAAGAUCAUUUAGCUUGUUCAAAAUAUCGCUAAGUUUUUUCUUAAAAAUCGAUAAAUUUGUGUUAUUAAAAGAUCGUUUAGUUUGUUCAUAAAGAUGGAUAAGUUUGUUCUUAAACAUCGAUGAUUUUGUUCUUAAAUAUCGAUUAGUUGUUCUUACAGAUCAUUCAGUUUGUUCUUAAAGAUUAUUUAGUUUGUUUGUAUAGAAGUUUCCGUUUUUUAUUAAAAAUCGUUUAGUUUGUUCUUAAAGAUCGCUUAUUUUGUUGUUGAAGAUUGCUUAGUAUUUUUCAUAAAGAUCGCUUAGUUUUUUCUGAUAGAUAAUUGAUUUUGUUCCUUAAGAUCGAUUAGUUUGUUCUUAAAGAUAUUUUAGUUUGUUCCUGAAACAUUUAGUUUUCUGUUAAAGAUCGCUUAGUUUAUUCUUAUAAAUCAUUUAGUUAACUAUUAAAGAUCAUUUGUUUUGUUCUUAAAGAUCACUUAGUUCGUUCUUAAAAAUCGCUUAGUUUUUUUUUCUUUAAGAUCGUUUAGUUUUUUUUUCAAAGAUCGCUUUAUUUGUUUUUAAAGAUCACUUAAUUUGUUCUUAAAGAUCGUUUAGUUCAGCGGUUCUCAACCUGUGGGUCGCGACCCUUUCACAGGGGUCGCCUAAGACCACCCGAAAACACAUAUACUCCACAGUUAUAAAGUAUUUAUUUCGUUGGGGUCGCCACAACAUGAGGAAAUGUAUUAAAGGGUCACGGCGUUAGAAAGGUUGAGAACCACUGGUUUAGUUUGUUCUUAAAUGUCGCUUAGUUUGUUGUUAAAUAUCACUUUUGCUGAGAAUUUGAUGACCGAAAACAACAGUCACCUUCGGCCGGAUGGCUGAAAGUCUAAGUCAAUUACGGCUGAAACCGAAAAAAAAACCGAAAGCUAACUUUUCUCUUUCGACCGAAAACGAAACUAAGCUGAAAGUUAACUUUCAGAUUCGGCCGAAACCGAAACUUGGCCGAAAGGGAUAAAAUGGCUACUUUCGGCGCCGAAACCGAAUCCGAAAUUCGGUCGGUCUCUACAUCAAUUUUUGGUUUAUAAUUGCUGCAUGCAAUCAAAAGAAUUGUUUUCAAAUGCUCAUCAAUCCCACUCGUUCAAUGUGUUGACUUCACAUACUUUAUUUUUGAAAACCGUUUGCUCAAACCAAAAUGUUGUUCCGUGUAAUCUGUAAAUGGUUGACAACUCUUCCGUUAAUUGAAAGACAAAUAGAUGCCACAAAUAAAAAAGAGAAGUUGUGAUAGGUCAGUAGACUCAUUCACAUCAAGUUCCUACUUUCCUCAUUGAUCUGUAGCACUAUAUUCUCUCCAAAUUAUUCUGUUAUCCGCACAACUGACCUUGCUGAAGAGCUGUUAGUUCCAAACGUGACUAUUACUUUAAUUUCCCUGUAUGUUUCCAAAACUUUUUUCCAAACCCCCCCUUUCCCCCCCCCCCCCCCAUUUCUACCCAGUUUGUGGUAGUUAUCAGACUAUAAACUAUUAGCGGUAAUAUUCUUUUUAUUAUUUUAUAAUUUUUAAAAAAAAGAACAACAGCCUUUCCUAAAAACACAUACUUCAGGUUGCGUGGUAGAUUUUUUAAAUGAUGUCAUUUUUUAAAUUAAUUAUUAUUUUAUUACAUCUUGUUUUAUGAUGAUCUGAGUUCGAGUGUGAACCACGUUAAAUUUCAGCAGUAACUUUAUUUUUACCAGUGAUAAACUGUGAUAAUGUGAUCUGAUCGUUCACUCAAUAUACAUUAAUAGCAAAUACAUGUCUGCGAAACAAAGUGACCGCAGAUUUAAUUAUAAAUGACGCUCAUCGACUUUUAGUAGUUAACUUUUUUGGCCCCAGCUUAACUCGAUCCCAAAAGGAACUGCGAUGCGUGUAGUUAAUGUAUUGAUUUUGUAAACUGUCUGUUUCUUUAUUUUAUAUUAAGAUACCGUAUCAUACGAUUUUGAGACAAUUUUGUAAGAUUUUAGGUGUUGUAGGGUAAAGAGGUUUAUAUAAAACAAGAAAAAAUAGAAUCUAGAUAAAAAAAUUAAAAUUGCAAAUUAAAAAAUUAAGGUGUUUAGCAGUCUCGAGGUCUCCGCAGGUGUGAAGAUCUACUAGUAUUCUAAAAAUAAUAUUAUUGAAAUUUAAAUUGUUUCACAACGUCUCGUGUUCCAUAUGUUUUGUCAAUCAAGCAAGUUCCAUCGGUGAGCCAGAAGAACUGGCCUCGCGGGCUGGAUCCGGCCCGCGGGCUGUAGUUUGGUGACCCCUGGUCUUAAAAAUGUAAUUUUUGAUGCAGGUAAAUGAAAUCCAGUUCAAAUGUUAUCAUCCCAGUGUAUUGUGAGGCUGAUUCUUCUUAAGCUUCAAUUUUCAUUAUGAACGUUUCCCUGUGUAUUUGGUUAUCUGCGCAUAUUGAAUGUUUUCGACACAUUAAUGCAGAGCAUGGACGGCAUUAAAUUGUGCAAACCAUCUUGUGUCAGACAGACACUUUACAACAACUAGAGAUUUUAAAAUGUGUCGCCAUGUGGAGUCAGAAAUAUUUUUAACGACAGUAAAAGAUAUUCCCAAAGAAGAUAUUAGCGCAUUCUAUCGGUGUAUAGAAACUGAAAAAAAAAGGAAUAUAUGCCAUGAAAACAAAUAUUUUUUUAUAAUCCUGUUGACCACACUGGUGCUUUUAAGCUCACUAAAACAGGCUGAGUCCCGACCAAAAAUAUCAGGUGAUCAACGUUUGAAAUGUCUGAAUUGGUAUUCACACUUAUUGAAAAAUAAUUUUACUCUUUAAUUUUUUUUUCAAAAAUAGAGCAGAGAGCAUUUUUUCCCCUACUAAAUCAAUAAAUCAUUAAGAAAUACUUGCUGACAGAUAUAAUGUGUUGCCAUUUCCAACAUUUCCAUAUAGUUUGAGAUGUUGUUAUAAAAAUGACAAAACUCCCUUAGAAAUUCUAAAUCAAUAAAUAAGUUUCAUUUUUUGCUAACCAAAAAGUUUGAUUUUUUGUCCCGAAAUUCCAAACCUCUGGAGGAAAGAAGGCGAAGUAGGAAAAGUGACAUCGAAACUCUAUGCCAUUAUUUCUGUUCUGACCGACGAUGUUUGAUUAAUAAAUGAUCUUAACACCCAAAUCCUUUGCGUCGAAGCUAUUAUGCAGUCAUGUUAUUUUAAUGUUCCUCUCCAUACUCAUGUUCUACGAUAAUACUGUCAUGUUUCCAGUAUUUGAAAACUAUUCAGAAAAUGUAGAUUCUUUCUUGGAAAAUAGACAGUAUGCAAAACAAUACAAGCAGCCCUGAGAUGGUGAAUAGCCUAGCAAAGCUCAUUUUACACUCUUUUCAUAACUCGUAGUUAAUGUUUAAACGUAUUUAUUAAUCAAUAACUUUUUUUUAGUUAUGUCUUCUCCAGCCCCAGGCCUUAUUUGCUAAGUUGUAUGUAUGAUUCUGAUACAAUGCUGAACCACUUCAAAUCGAUUACUCCACCUUAUAAGUUUUCUUAUGUCCCCUUGUCCCUCAACUGUGAAGGGAUUUACACUAUCGUUAUUAGACACAGUCUUGAGUGUUUCAUCUUGUGGAAUUUCAAGAUUACAUAUAAUAGGUAAUGAUUUUCUAAAACUGGAAUGGCCGAUGCAAUGGUGGAUGUAGAUGACGUUAUUGCAUGAUAAAGAACAGUACUAGUAACUGGUAAAUUGCGCUUGGAUUUUAAAAAGUUGUUAAUUUUGAAAUUUUACCCGUUUUCAUUCGUUCCAAUGCCUCUUUUUGUUCCUUCUGUGCUUCACUCAUAAAACUACGUUUCAUUCCCGAUAAAACUUAAAGUGAUUUAGAUCUAGAAACAUAUUAUUUAUGACACAUAUGUUGAUAUAGCUGCGAUCCCUUCAAAAGGUAAUUUUUUUAAAAAAAUGUCUUGAAAAAAACCGAAUGUUUCUACCCUUUCAAACUCAAAUAUGCCCCGCUGACAACGAGCAUUUUGGCUGUUUUUUAUAUAUAUAUCGAUUAAAUAUGUUUGUCAGAAACAGGAAACAAUAUAUUUUUAAUAUUAGAACAUAUAAAAUUAAUUAAUUUAAAAAAAAAUAAUAAUUUUCAAGGGAAAUGUGUAUUAUUGAUCUAAUAAAUAGCUUAUUUAAUGCUUAUUAAAUUCAAUAGUAGUUGGGUUUUUUGUUGUUGUUAGAAUAUACAUUUCUCCUCUAAUUUCACUACUAAGCAGUAGCUUAGCCGGGGUCCACAUUUUAUUCUAAUAUGAUUGUAACUAAAAAUAUAUAUUUUUCUUACUUUCGAUUUAUAUCUGAGUGAAAUAGAUUUAACUGCAGUUACCCCCUUUACCAAGUAAACGUGUCAUUUAAUAUUAUUUUGGAAUGUACAGAUAAUAUAGAGGGUUAAAAUUUGAAAAUAUGCUGUCCACUGAAUUUUAAAUAAAAUUAAAUUGUCAAAAACUUUUAAUAUUCAUUAACAAUGUGUGCAGCAUGAUGCCUUUUAAAAGAGUGCGCCUCCAAAUAAGUGUGAGGAACUAGGCGAUUGCCAUUGCGCCACUCCUUGAAGACUUACUGACAGUUAUAUAAAACAAUAAAAAUGAAGAUUGUAUGAUUUGCACUACUCAGUAAAUAAAUAAAUAGUGCCAAUAUGUUUUAAAAAAAUCGUAUUUACAAUAACGGAUCUAAGUAAAUAAUCAUUGGUUUUUCUGCGUUUGAAAAAAAUCAUCUCAUUAGACCAUCAAUGUGAUAAGGAAAGGUUUUUUUUUUCCUCAAUUUUAUCGUCAUGCUGUCUUCUCGUCCGCAAAUAUUUUUAUUUACUCUAUAAAAUAUCCAUGUCUCAUAUCGAUCUUUAUUUAUGAUGCUAGUGAAAUACUAUUAUAUAAUAGUUUUUGAAACAUUUUCUGUUCUAUAUUUCCGGUUCUACAUUUUCAAGAACCACUCAUGAUGUUUAUCAGGAAUAUAUUAAUUUCAGAUUUUUUAAAUAUUGAGACAAAAUGUAUCUGCUCUGCAAAAGCUUUGUCAUAAUUGUUUUCUUAUAGAGAUUUAAUGACAUAUUAAAGUAUAUAUUUGAAAGUGAAAUACAUUUUUUAUAGUGUUCAUUAAAUACAUUUUUAAAAUAAUUAACUUGAAAUAAAUAUCUUAAAACAGUUUUAAAAAAUGUGUUAAUAAUGAAGUUCUUUUCUCUUUUUUUUUGAACAUUUUUUAAGAAAAAACGAACCAUUCUCGAGAUUUAAAUCAAAUCGUGCAAGUAAAAUCUAUUUUUUAAGUUUUAUGAUUUUGUCUUUUGCUUUUUUGUGGAUUUUUGUUUGUUUGUUAAGGAUGAGACCAAAGCUCGUGCAGGCAUAGGGGAAAUCAAUAUCACUCCAUUUGAUAUCUGCUUUAAUUCUGCAUUUAGGAUACAAUUGUCGGCAUAUAGAAAAUAUCUGAUAAUUUCUGUCAGGAACUUAGAUAUUGCUAUAAAGCUUCUUGACAUUGAAUAGCUUACCAUCUGUAUUUGUAUUUGAUGCUUAGUCCAAUAAUCCACCUUUCUGAACUGAUCAAUUAGUAUUGAGUAAACCAUUAGGCUGGAAAGUGUUUGGGCCAGGCUCAACCUUAUUUGAAGACGUUUGCAAAAGAAAUGAUUAAAACGUCUUCUCAUUCUUCAAACCCUAGCCUGAAUACCACUAUUAAAUCCAGGUACCAAUUAUAUGAAUUUUCUACGGCAUCCGUAUUUGACCAUAUAUCUUUUAAAAACGAACACUACCAAAAGUGUUGAAAGCAUUUGUCAGGUAUACAAAUGUGUAGAACAAAAGCCCUAAACAAAUCAGGGAUCACCCGUUCAUAGCUUAGCUGGGCAAUUCUUUUGCCUGUUCACCUCAGGAGGUAAGCGUUUUUUGAACAUGUUUAAAAGUUGACAUAUAUAAUUAUUAUUGACACGGAAAGACCGUGCACUGUUCUACCAGCAGCUAUACCGGUAAAUCGAAACCACAGUCACAUCUCUGAUGAUCAGGUCAUGAAAAAAUGUGAAUAAAUAUUUUAGACCGAAAUUAUUCGGAAGCAUAUCGUAAAAAAACUAGUUUAUACAAUUGAAAUACUUUUAAAUCAAAAAUAAUGUAUAGAAACAAAAAAAAAAAACAAAAAAAAAACAAGCAGGAAUACAAUUUUAAUUAUUUAGAUAUUAAUGUCCUGACACGUUUUUCUAUUAUACUUUUGUUUAAUGAAUGUUUUGAUGUGUCACAAUCAACAGAUCCAACAAAAAUAGAGAUAUUACAUAAUGAGGAUGGAGUCAUUGGUCUAAAAAAACACUACGAAUCAUGCAAGAAAAGAAAAUAUCAUGAUGAUUUCAUUGCCAUCAAAAAUUUGGAUGUUAGACCAUUGCUUGUGGAAUUUCAGGGAGAUGAAAUGUUUAAAGAAUUAAUCAGGUCAAUGGUUGACCUCACUGUACUCUUGACAGUUAGUGUAGCUAAAGAUGUGAACACAAGUCGUCAUCUUAAAAUUGGAAACGGAUGGGUUGGUAGUUUAACUAUAUACGAUAACGAUGAACUCAACCCAACAUGUGGAUGUAAAAAGUGUAUUUCAUCAUAUAAUCCAAGUACAAAAUAUGCUGAUAUCGUAAUAUAUACGACCACAGAUGUUGUUCAAAAUGACAAAGAAGCUAAAUCAACAACAUGUAGGCUUUUUUAUAAUGACAGUAACAGUGAGAUGACAAUUAUAGAGGACGUCAACGAAGAAUGUGAAAUAAGUGUGGAACAAAAAAAAUGUAAGUUAACUUUUGUGACUUGUAAUAACGAGAUUAUAGAAAAACUGAACGAUGCAUCACUUAAGUGGUUUGAAAGGUACACAAAAGUAAAUAAAAGACAUUAUAAAAACCGCGAUGAACACAAAGCAGUUAUUAUCGUGUCCCACAUUCAUGGCCUUCAUAAGAGAAUUUCAAUAGGAAAGUGGAUAGAUAGAAAAGAACAUAUUUCUUCUGAAUACGGGAAGAUCACUAGAUAUAUUUAUAACACACCAACCUGUUCUGGAAGUGCUGGCGCUUAUGUCUAUAUAGUUUCGAGAGAUAAAAAAGGUUGGCUAAGCCAACAUUUCCACCAUGGAGUGAUCAGAAACGAAUAUAAAUUUUGUGGUGUUGGCACAGAUUAUGGGGCUAAAGAAAGAAAAUAAAUAAGAACUAACAUUUGGAGACGAACAGAAAAAUGUUGAAAAUCCAGUACAAUAGUUUUCUACUAUAAAUAUAUCAGGAUUUAAAUUGUCUACUAUUAUUUUUUUUGUAACAGUCUUUUACCC